AUGCUGCUUGAGAUUGCAAUUACUUUUUCAGAUAAAGAGAAGAACAAAUAUGCAAUGCCCUCAAAUGAGAUACAUGGUUAUGGGAAGGGUUAUAUAGUUUCUGAGGAGCAGACACUAGACUGGGAGAUAAUAGAGGCAUAUGCAAGUGAAGUUAAACGAGUUGGUGAGGCACUGGUUAGCUCAUUGUUCUGUGAUUAUGAGGACGAAGAAGAAGCAUGUUCUUCUUGA